AGUUGUUGAAUGUCAAACGUGCGUGUGUUUUUCAUGCAAAAAAAAACAAAGCCCCGGGAAAAGUAUUUUUGGUGAAAAAGUGUGAAAAUUCGCAGUGUAAUUUGAAAGUUUGGGCUGCAAAUUGAUCUGGGCAGAGGAAAGGACAUGACGACAAAAAGGAGGAAUUUGGGGGAUUUGAACAGCGACAAUUGGGAUGAGGAGGAUGCCCCCGAGGAAAGGGGAACCUUUAGGAAGGCCUCGGAGGAUGAGAUAAAGAAUCGCGUGAUUAAAACAGCCAGAAGGCGCAUUGCUCCAGCCACUGAAUCAAAAGAUGCUCCGCCACCGGGAAUUUUUAGUGGUUUUGGUGGCUUCACAAAGACCCCAACAGCUCCAGUUGCUACCAGUUCACCCUUUUCCUUCCUCAGCAAGACGACCAGCUCCCCAGCUGUGACAUCCAAUGGACCACCGAAGAGCCAGGAGAAAGAUGGACAGCAGGAAAAGGGUCAGGAAAGUGGAAAUGAGAGUGAGUAUCACAAGAAAUUGGUGGAUUUGAAUAAGUCUGUGUUGGAGUGGAUAAAGAGUAAGAUCGAGAAGAAUCCUUUGAUCAUCCUGACGCCGAUUUUUGAAGACUACGAGAAAUAUCUGAAGGAGAUCAAGAAGAAUGAUGAGAAACAGACAUCAGGAGGAGCUGUCAAGGGAUUUAGCUUUGGAAUGACAGCUCCUAGCACAUCAGCCUUGAGUGCAUUCUCCAGUACAGCCACAGCUACGAGUUCAGUGGGAAAUUUUGGGGCAAAAACUUCCUCUCCGGGAGGAGCCUUUGGAUCAACUUCCCUGACAGCUUCUGCCUCCACGGGAUUCUCCUUUGGGGCAUCGAAACCCUUCACAUUUGGCAAUGUGACCAAGUCAACGGAGGCUGAAGACAAGGACACCAAGGGGGACAAUGACGAAGAAGGCGAGGAAGAAAGUGACGAGCCCCCAAAAGUCUCCUUUACGCCCGUCGUGGAGGACGACAGUGUCUUCUCGAAGCGCUGUAAGGUCUUCAUCAAAACAGAUGAAGGCUACAAGGAACGUGGCAUUGGUACACUCUACCUGAAAUCCGUCAAUGAAGGCAAAAAGAUUCAGAUGAUUGUCCGUGCUGACACUUCCCUGGGCAAUGUCCUGGUCAAUCUCCUUCUGACCAAAAGUAUUCCAGCCAAGAUUCUCGGGAAGAACAACGUGAUGAUGGUAUGCAUCCCAAAUCCCGAAACAGACAAGAAGCCCGUCUCCAUGCUGCUGAAAGUCAAGAAUGCAGAUGAAGCAGAGGAACUUCUCAAUGCCAUUGAGAAAUACGCAACAGAUUAAACUACAAUUUUUUCUUUUAAAUAAUUUUCUGUAUAAAUAGAGACAUGAACUUUGAAAUAAAAUUCCUCAAUUGGG